CUCAGAGCCUCAGUCACUGACCUUCCUCGGGGACCAUGCAAGCGCUUGUUGCCAGACCCAGGUUGUAUCUGACCCCAGUCAGGGAUGAAGAAGCGGAGUCUCAGAGGAAAGCAAAGUCUCGUCAUGCCAGACAGACCCGCAGGUCAACACAGGGUGUGACUCUGACAGACCUGAAAGAGGCUCAGCAGAUCAACAGCCUGUCUCCUCGGGACAGUAGGCAGACAGAGGAUGCUCUGAAUGACAGGUCCUGCCUGAGGAAAGGUUUUACAGAUGAGAGGAGAGUCAAACUCAGCCUGACAGAGUCCACGGAAACAACAGAGACCAGUGCAAGAUGGGGAAAACUGGACGAGCAGGGAAACAUUGAACCCAGGUUAGAAACCCUCACUGAGACUCCAACAGCAAACUUUUUAUAUUCAGCUAACUCUGGAUCCUGUGGCCUGCCCGUCUGCAACACUUCCUUCAGAGGUGGUGAAAGAUGGUGGAAAGAUGAAAAUCAGAACCCUUUUGACGAUUCAGCACAGAUGAGCUUUGCCCCGAGACAGCAACAGAGACAACGCUGCCGUGAUGGUGACGGUUCAGACUUCAACCCUGCAGAGAAUAAAUAUAUUUCAGUCAAAGGAAAACCCAGUGACGGACUGUCCAGCCUGUCUGGGAUGUAUAUCACCUUCUGUCCAAUGUCAGCAGGGAUCGGCUCCAGCGCCACUCUCAACCCGUAG